GCCAUGUCACACACACACACUAUGCAUCAACUUUUAGGCGUAUCUGUUACUAAAUGCAGAUUUUCUCCUGGAAACUAAAUGGGAUGUACAAGCCCGGAAGCUUUCUUACACAGACUGGCAUGUGAAGGUCACUGACCUCUGAUUUGGCUCCCGUGAGUGCAGUGUAUCACUCCCCACUGCCACGCCCCCACCCCAUCGUGCUCCAUCCUAUCAUGGCCGUCUACAGCAAGUGGAUCGGCACCAUCGUCGACACGCACGGCCUCAAGUACAUCUGCUUCAACCACAUGGUGACCACCUACAUCCUGACCAGCAUGGUCAUGUUCCUCAUGACCCUCGUCAACCUCUCCUCCGCAGCCUCGCCCCGCCUCGCCUCUGUGGCCAUGUCGGCACUCAUGUCACUCUUCGUGGUCACCCUGUCCAUCAAGUUUGCCUACCAGAUGGCCCACAGCUUCAAGACGCAGUUUGAGCUCCACUGAUGCAGAAUUCACUGCUACAUGUAGCUCCGUUCUCGACCCUGCAUGAGACAUUGAACCAUUCGUGGAGUUCGAAAUUACAACUUUUCUAACCUCUCUUCUCUCUCCAAGAUUGUGACUGAAAUCGGAGUUCUUCCACUGAAACUGCCUAAAACCUUCACAAAAGGAAGAGUGUGAUGUUUGAACGUCCAGCAUGUUCAAGCUAAAAACUGUAGUGAUACACUUUUCUUUAAGUGAGACCCCAGUACACGGUCUUUUAAUUAAAUGCUGAAAGAGACAAAAAAGAAGGUUUUUAUCAGCCCAACUGUUAGAAUUCUAGACUUGUCACAGUCUACUUGCAUGACCCUCACAGAUGUCCAAUAAGCUACAGAUGUGCAACAUUGAAUCCACGAUUGAGGACUGCGCUUUAUACUUCCUAUGCUGAGCCUAGGCUUCUCGUACUAUGCUUCCCGCCUACCUUGAGCUGACGGAGACCACCAUCGACCGCGUGGGCAUCAAGCACAUCUUCUUCAACUUCCUCCUCUCCUCCUGCAUCUCCACCAGCCUCAUCCUCUUCAUGCUCACCAUCGUCAACGCUGGCUCGCCGCGCCUCACGGUGGGUGCCAUGCUAUCGCUCACGACACUCUUGGUGCUGACACUGUCCAUUGAAUGUGCUCACAACAUCAUCUUCUGGCUGGUCGUCAGCCACGAGGUGCAGGGGGUUCUGGAGCGCAGGAGUAUCUAAUCACUCACUCAGAAUACUCAAGAGCUCUUUGACACGAGUCAAACUAUGAGUAAAACUUACUUGCCUAAUAUUGGCAUUUUGAGUGGAUGCCGUGUACUUUUUAGAAUCACAGAGUUUCUUUAUCUACACUGUAUUUUAGACACUCCUUGUUUGAGAAAUGUUGACUCAGUUGUUCAUCAAAUGUAUACUUUAGUUACUCAUGAGUAACAAGAUAAAACAUCAGAUUAGCACGUACAUGAAUGGUAUCUUUGCACCGAUAAGUUGAGAAACUUUUUCAAGACUUGAAUGCCUGACUGGAGCUCAGCCUUCAGGCGUAUGCAGCAUAUCUUGCUUGAUUGUGAGCCGAAAACAUCAGGGGUAUUCAAGUGAAGAACCUUGAGUUUUUAAAGUUAGGAUUACAAUUUCAGACACUCUAGUAGUUAUUUGCGUCUGAGAUUGUAAGAAAAAUAGAUGGCGAGUUUUUCCGAUGAAGAGGUAGCCACCAUCUCCAAGAGGGUGGUUGUCCUCGUGGACUCGGAGAUGCACCUGCAGCACCCGCAAGAAUGCCGGGUCAACCAGGCCCUGCCGGACACAGCCGACUGCCCGCUUUACGCCCUUGUCCUGUGCUGCUGGAACAACAUCCUGGGCCCCCACGCCAAGUGCAUCUGGCUGACUGAGGGCAAGGAGCAGCGCUUCACCGCCAACCACAUCGCCUACCUGUCCACCCACACCCUGACCUCCUGCGAGCAGCCCCAGUCCACCAUCGACACCAAGGUGCUGAUCCUGCCCGAGCGCGGCAUUGUGGCCACGGUCUUCCUCUUCAGCGGCCACGACUACGACGAGAAGACCAUCUUUGCGCUGUCGCUGGUCAUCCCGUACGAGGAGUACCGUUGGUAUCUGCCGUUGCACGAGCUGUGCGUGGCCAGGCUUACCACCAUGAUAAGAAGGUUACGGGUUCUCCAGGAGAAAAACAAAGAUGAGAAUAAUGACUCCUCUCUAAUGGCAUUUAGUGAUGAGGUUCCUUCCUUUAUUCGAGUGGUGACCCUUCUGAAGACCCACGGUCUUCCUUCCAGGGUGGAGCUUGGCGAUACCGUAUUUGCCCCGGGCCAUGCCAAGCAGUUGGACGACCAGUUCACUAAAAUAGCCAUAGCAUCACAUCUCCAAACCUGCGGCUGCUCCAUCAUCCUUGGCAACACUGCAGCGGAUGUCAACAUGAUGAUCAGCACGCUGGCUUUAUUCCUGAGUCCAACAGAGAGGCACUGCUGCCUCUACUUGGACGACGUCCCAAGAGUCUAUCAGAAAGAUGUCCUGAUUCAAGGCUUCCUCAAGAACUCGAUCAGCCUGGAUGACUACCUGCGGGUCAUCAUGACCAGUCAGUAUCCAACUACCCUGAUAGAUUUGGUGACGCUUGAAGUGAAACAGACGCUGCACUACAACCAGCACGCAUAUAGGCGACACGAGGCCACGAGCCAGGAGCUGCAGUGUCUGUGGUUGAACAGUGACGAGCCACUGAGGUACUCGCCCGUUGUUCACUUCUCCAACAAGCCCGAAGCAGAAACCAUCGUGCAGAAGUUCUGGAAAGAGAUCAAUCGAUUGCAGGACAACUGCCGAAUACGAGAGACCUACAUUGAAGAAUUCCUGCGUCUGCUGGAUCGAAAGGCGGUGUCCCUCAUCAAGUACGUCGAAGAGGAAACGAACCGAGGCACUAAGCCGAGCCGCUUGGUGCUGAAGCGACUGAAGAGCGACUUGCACUUGAUACCAGAAGGGGAUUUCCGCAUCGUAAUCGCCAUGGCCGAGAAGCUGCAACCGGGCGUGUACACGCUGGUGUGUGGCAACCCGGCUCUGCCCAGGGAUUCCUACAACGACUUGGUCACACCGAGCUAGAAUUGGUUCAGCUACAUUGAGGUUUGACCUGGUGGCGUUGUUACCACCUCGGCGAGCGCCGAGAAUUGUGGUCUCAACAAAAGGAGAGAACGACUUGGUCUCAUGGUUAAUGAGACAACAGUGGUCACUGGCAGACAUGACCCGGCCAGAUGUGACAGAGAUAUGACAUGGCUGUGCAGAUGACCUGGUCACUUGGGGUCAAAUGACCUGACCAAAUUGUGUGAUGACUGUUUGGCUCAACUAUGACCUCCCUGAUUGAGCUUCAGCGAUCAGAGUAGUGACCUUGUCACAGGAAUAUGACCUUGUUUCACAGAGAUAUGACCUACCGGUAGAGUCAUGACCUGAUUGCUCAGUUGUGGCCUUGUCAGCAUUGGGACUUCCGUUACAACGAAUCAUAACCUAGCAGCAAAGUUGUAACCUGCUCACUCACAGUUGCGAUGAGGUCACUUAGUUUAAUAUGACAUGAGCAUGUAGCAUUCCAUCCCAAGGGUGGAUCACAACCCUAAUUUUGUUUGAAGCAGUCUAAAAUUUGGAAUUUUUAAUGGAAUUUUUAAUGCAACUGUGGCCCUUGUGAGGAAUGAAACUGCACUUUGGGGCUUUGAACACGCUUCGGAAGAAAGGGAUAUUAAGUAGACAAAAAAAUUGCCUUUCUCUCAAGUUUCUAAAAGAAGCUUUUUUUGUCAGGGGAGGGAGGGGGACCAUAGCCAUCAUUGGCUCUCCUGGAUCUAUCCUUGUUAUAAGACCUUGUCAUAAACAGUGCUAAUCCACUUGUACUGAGUAAUGACCUUGUACAUGUACAUUGUAAGCUCUGUCCUGUUCGUAAUUCUGCAAUCCCGGCAGUGACCCCCACGCGGAGUGACCCACAUUGUUUAUGCAAAAUUCAUACCCACAAAAAAGAGUAAAUGGCCACCGCGGCAUUAGCCUUGCAGGUCAUGGCUUACGUGUUAUGAAUGAUGCAAGGAAAUAUAAAGUAACGUAAUCAUUUGUACAGCCAGACGAAAUGAUCCGCUGUAAUCCACCCGCACUUCUGAAUGCUGGGACCUGGAGAUUUCAAGUCUGCUUGUGUGUGUAUCGACAGUUCACUCCUGUAUGCCAUUUUGUAAAAGAACCGAGCAUUUGGGUACCAAAGAAUUUGGUUUGUGCCAGCUUGUACAACAUAUAAAUUGGCUUAUAACCAACAGUACUUGAUGUGUUAUUCUAAAGUGUUAACCUUGUGCUGUAAAUCAAAACGAAUGUAUGUAAAUUGGAAACUACUGUUACACAAGAGACUAAAUUUAUCAUUAUUUAGGCCACUUUUUGCUUAAGGUGAUCAACUCUCUUAAACAUGUUCUGGAAAGCCUCAAUGUCUUCAGAGCCCCCCCCCCGUCAGGUAACCAGUAACAUGUUUAUACUGCAAUCCCCAAAAGAAAGUCCUCCAAUCGUUUGCUGUCUUGUGCACACUAGCUAUCCAGGGAACAUAGUUUAAUGGAUUUCUUAGUACCAUUUUGGGGGAGGUAUUUUUUGAGGCACUGCCAUACAGUGUGAUAGAAGUAUAUUUCAUUAUAUUGUAUUGGUUUCCAGAACAUUUGGACGACUCAACCAACCACUGCCAAUCAUAUGUAUCCGUCUUUAAUCAGAUUUAUCAUCAAAAGUCGAGUUACUCUUAUUUUAUGCCCGUAACACGUUUGCCCACUUUGUGUGAUACUUCAUGUCAUGUAUGCAACUUUUCCCAAAGGAGGCCAAGUGCAAUACUUGACAUUGCAUAAUUAAAUGAGAAGUCAAAUGAUUGGUCAGUGUUUU